AAUCCAGAUACUAGUACACGAAAUAAGCCAAAAUGUUUCACCAUCCCAACAUGGCCAACGUGAACGCCCUUUUUUAAUGCAAUUAUUGACUAAAACUUAAAAGUUUGUUGAUCAUAAGAAAAAUUGUUGAUCAUUUUUCCUAGGACAUAAUUCAAGUUAGCCAUCAUAGCAGGCCUUUAUUUUGUUGCAUGGAUUGACGAUACAUGACUGAACAUUCCUCCAUGCGCGCGCGUGGAGUCUCAUCAAUUCUCUAGUACUAGUAGUACAGACGAGUUGAUACGAUGUGCACAGAGAUGUAUGACUGUAGAACUUGGAAAACUUAACUUAUAUAUUAAUCAUUUUGGAUUAAUAGAGUCUGCAGUCAGCUAUUCUGAUUCUGAUUCCAAUGAAAGAAUGGCGGGCUUUCAGCAAGCUGCGUUCCCUCUGAUCAAACUGGCUUCACUAGCCAUCAAGCAAAUCAGUAAACCACUGGCUAAAAGAAUUCAGAUGGUGGCGAAAACGAGACCACUUGUGCGCAAAUACAUCUGCAUCCCACCGGCACAGUUAUAUCACUGGAUGGAAGUCAACCUCAAGAUGCGAAUAUUAGGCCUCGGCAAAGCUACCAAAGUUGAACCUCUAACUGAAGAGGCGGCUGUCGAACAAGGAGCCGAAAUCAUAGGCGAGACGUUUCUGUUUGCAGUUGCCGUGGGGACGAUAGCGUUUGAAUAUUACCGGCAGCAGAGGAAAGAUCAAAAACACGAAGGAGAGCAGACGUCGGCGAUUACCGAAUUACAACAGAGGGUGGAGGAGCUUGGAAUUACCAUCGAAGAGCAAGAUGCUAAGAUACGGGAACUCAACAGACAAGUGGUUGGUUUGAUACCAACAAAGUAAAACUGAAUCGUAAAAUUUGUGAAAUACGACUGGUCAGUGUUUACAGCUUCUUAUGAAGCAGUUGUGAAGUCACAGAGGAUGAGAUGGAUGCAGUCCUCAAACAACCAAGAUGUCUGGAGAGAACCGAUGUAGCAUUGUUGGGACCUUGACUUCAUUUCAGCCCAGCAAGCUUAGGAAUUUUCAGAGUUGUAGUCAGGUCGUUGUAAGUCUUCACAGAUCAUCACAAGUCAAUCACAAGUUAUAUCUUAAGUCACAAGCUUUUGACACGAAAUGAGACAAAGGCAUUGCCCUGCUACUUGUGACUGGACUUGUGAUUUGACUUGUGAGGGACUUGACUACAAAUCUGGUCACCAAACUCCUUGAUAUUUCCAUAUCCCGAUAGGCUAAAAUGGGACUUGCCAUCUACAAUAACCACAUACAGAGCUCAAAAGCUUUGGGUUGCUUUGGGUGCCAAAACCUUUGAAAAUGACAAUUUAUUAAUAUGGAGUGUCAUUAUUGAACCUGCGACCUCCAGAUUACUGUUCCAGGUGCUCUACCAACUGAGCUGUCCAGCCCUAUGUUGGCAGUUCCCCAAUUUGUCAACGUCUUUGUUCAAGGGGUGCGAGUUGGACGCAAGAAUGGUAAAAGACCAAUCAGGUGGCCACAAUUCGAAGACAUUUAUGUACUGAGGUGGUACAAGUACGACGCUUACCCCCAGGUUGUUGAAAAAGGAAUGCCUAUGUCAAAGUUCAUAUGGGUUUCUUGUCUGACACUUUAGCUGUAAUAUUACGUUAUUGAUUUGUGACAAAAUUACAAAAAUUCAACUCUGAUGUUGUGGUCUCCACCAAAUGUAAGAUGCAUUGACUUCCUUCAUUUGAGUUGCAUAAGGGAAAAGGAUUUUAGAGUUUUGAAUGUCGAUGUUAGUCUUAAUGUCAGCGUCUCUCCAUGUAUUUUCCAGCUUAGUUAUCAAUAGCUUUAUUUCUUGGUUCUUUCAUGCACCUUUGUUUUUCUUCUGAUGAUGUUCAUUCAUAUGGAAAAUACAACCGGUAAUGAGGCAAUGUUCUGAAAUGCUGGUUCUUAUCAUCCUUUAGAUAGAACAAAUAUGUUUCUUUUUAAUACUGCCACUUGCAAGAAAAUAAGGGUGGGUUUUUAUGUUUGACCCAACUCUGAGUUACACACACGUACAUGUAGUUCUGCUGAUUAUAUUAAAGACUAAAAUAUCCCCCACCCCCAUCCCUCCAUUCGCCCUACUAAAAAAAAACUGGUGAGCAUAUAACGAUAGAAAGAAUUGACAAAAUGGUAAUUUUAUAGUUAUAAUAUAUUUAUUAAAUCAUCUUUUGAGA